AAGGAAAGGCCCCAAGACGCAGUGUCACAAAAACGGUGAUUCCUGCGUCGCGAACACGAGAAAGGUGCUUUACCGUGCGCCUAACCACUGGUAGCGCGCGUGGAAAAAAACAGAGGGGAAAUGAGCUCAUGGGAUGCAUUUCGUGAACAACGCCCUCGUGCUUGUAACCAAUGGCAGCGUGGGUGCGUCUUGAUAUCGACGUGACGCCGGAGGAAGAGGAUUAAAAAGCUCAACACAGACCAAGACGCGCAGCACACUUUAACCUAGGUCACAUCUAGAUAGUGCGGUACCUUGUGUAGGUUACACACUCUGAUUUGGCCACAUCUUCGAUCAGUUUAAGGCAAAACUAACCCAGCGAUACAAUGUUACCAGAGGCAUCCUGCAAGUAUGGUUAUGAGGAGUGUAAGGCUACUGCAGACUGGCUUCUGGAUCAUGCUCCAGUUCAACCCCUAGUGGGCAUCGUGUGUGGCUCAGGCCUUGGAGGACUGGCUGAUAUGCUGAAGGAUCAGAAGGUUUUCAGUUAUAGCGACAUCCCCAACUUUCCCCAAAGCACAGUGUGUGGUCAUGCUGGCCGGUUGGUGUUUGGCACUCUUAAAGGACAGCCAUGUGUUUGCAUGAAGGGACGAUUCCAUCUCUAUGAAGGCUAUCCCAUCGAAAAGAUCACCAUGCCCAUCCGUGUCUUUAAGCUCAUGGGCGUUGAGACAGUCAUCUUGACUAAUGCAGCAGGGGGACUGAACCAGGACUACAAAGUUGGAGACAUCAUGAUAAUCAAGGACCACAUCAACUUGCCUGGUUUUGCUGGACGCAAUCCUUUAUGUGGCCCUAAUGAUGAGAGGUUUGGAACUCGUUUCCCAUGCAUGUCGGAUGCAUAUGACCGGAAGCUGCGGCAGCUUGCCCUGGAUGUGGGGCAGGAGCUUGGCUACUCACACUUCCUGCGGGAGGGUGUGUACUGUGUGCUGGGAGGGCCAUCCUUUGAGACCAUCGCUGAGUGCAGAAUGCUUAACCGUUUAGGCGCUGAUGCUGUGGGCAUGAGCACCGUCCAUGAGGUGAUAGUGGCUCGCCACUGUGGCAUGAGAGUCUUCGCCCUCUCCCUGAUCAGCAACCAGGCUGUGAUGGACUACAGCAGCGAAGACAAAGCCAACCACGAGGAGGUCCUGCAGACUGGGGAGCAUCGCUCCCAGCAACUGGUGAAGCUGGUGUCCACCAUCGUCACCAGCGUCGACCAGCACAGACGUGGAGAGAGCACAAAAAGCCAACACUAAACAUCUGCUUCACAGCCCCACCUACAUGUAAAACAACAGUGUAAAAGACCAGGCCCACAUCUUGCCACAGAGACCUAUGUAUUGCCCUGUGGCUCACUUGCACUUCUAAUAGCUUUUAGUGGCACCUGACCUAAUAGACCUGUCUGGUGCAUGCUUAUAAUGUACUGUAUAUUUUUACAUUCCUGGAGUCACUGAUUAGAGGACAGUUUGCCUCCUGUAAUGUCUUAAGCUUGAAUGACUUGGCACAUAAUGGCUAACUGCGGUUUACUGUUACUGACUUAAUAUCCUGUUUCAAGACUAUUUAUUAAAUAUUUUCAUCUCUUAUCAACCCGACUUAAUAAUACAACAAAGUUGAGCGAUAAGUAAGGAUAUUCCUUAGAGCUGUACCUUGAAUAUUUUAUUUCUUGACCAUCAAAAAUUACUUUAUUAUUACCUAUUAUUCCAAAGUUCACUUUUUUCAGAUAUUUAAUAUUUAUAUUAAUUAACUUUUAGGCAGAGUAUUUUUUUGAAUGUUUUUAUAGCAGUUGUUUUUGUCUGAGCCUAAAUAUAUAACUUGAUAAAAAUUGUAAUUCAUAAUAAACCUGAUAAUGAAGGCUCCAUUUCCAAUCUCAAUGGUGUUUGUGCGUAAGUGUUUGUACUUGAUGAGGAUAUGCAUUUUACACUGCCUGGCUAAAAAAAUAAAGUUACACGCUAAUAUUU